AUGGUGCAACAACACAACGACGGCACGAUGGCGCGCGUCAUGGACAAUGUGACUGUCUCUGUAGCAUUCGCGGCAACCAGUGGAGUGAAGCAGGGCUACGUAAUCGCCCCAAACCUCUUCAGCCUCAUGUUUUCUGCCAUGUCGAUGGACGCCUACCGUGAUGAGCCUCUGGGACCGGCACAGUCUACAGGACCAACGUCCAUCUUCUCAAUAGCCGACGCAUGCAGGCCUCAACGCGUCUUUCUACGUCUACUACCCACGACCUGCUCCUCCCUGAGGACUGCAUACUCGACGCCAAAACAGAAGCUGACAUACAACGGAGCACAGAACUCUGCCUCCAGCUCCACCAACUUAAAGCUGGGCAUCAGCACAGACAAAACGGUGAUCAUGCAUCAACCACCUCCAAAAGCUGCAUGCAUUGUUUCUCGCAUCCACGUCAACGCACCCAACUGA